CGUACAGUGGAAGCGACGAUAUCAAUAGACAUUGUACAGUAUUGUACACCAGAACAGUAUUGUUUUAUUACUCGUCACUUUAAUUUCACGUUUCAUGUAUUUUAGGACUGUUGGCAGAUCAAUUUCCCUCCUGGGAUAAAUAAAGUUCCGUCAUAUCGUGUUUGUAUUCAUACUGCCACGGUAUGACCAUUUCUAAAACCGUCUCACAACCCCACAACAAGUGAAGAUACAACUGGUUCUGUACGAGUAGCCCCGCACACGAAAGUCAGGGUUUCUUUUACCUGUUCUUGAGAGUAAAUCCCAAUAUUUCGGGAAUACAUUUAAUUGUCAGCGUUUUCUUGCAAACUAUUUAGGGGUCACCUGCGCAUUAAACGCUGUGGUCUUAGAAUUAAUUCAAAGUUGUUUUACUUUAGAGGGCCACUCUUUUUCGAUAACUGUUCAACAGAGGGCAAUCAUAUAUUGUGUAAGAAGGUAGACACUGGGAUAACGUCGCGGGACAGACAGCAUCUCUAGAGAGAAGGAAUUAGAAUAUAUUGUUUAAUUUGUUUAUCUGGUGCUUUGGGUGAAAGCAUUUCAUACAAUUAAUUAAAUAGUGGCAACCUUUGAGAUUGGACUGGGGAGGAAAGGCAUUUUUUAAAAACUCCUGAUGGGGAUACGUGAAUUUCAAAGAGAGCCCGAAACACAAUGACAAAUGUCCUGGCGAAGUAUCCCGAAGCAAACCCGGAGGACGGGGGUGUGUAUUGGCCCAGUCCGAGAUUAAAAUGCAUAGGAAUCCCGUCUGUCCCUUUACGCUUUGAUGUCCAGCUGCCGGCAGCUCCAUUCAUUACACCUGAAAUCCACAUCGUUGGCGAGCAGCGGGGACGGCCGCGUCAUGCUCGGCUAUAAAGCAGGCACUUGCGGGCAGCUCGCUAACUCCAAGAGAGAUCUUGCUGCAAGCUGGACGGGUUCCGAGCACAAGAAGCAGGACUGACUGGGUGGAAAAUAAAGUUAACAUAAGCACGCGUUAAACAGAGAGAGGGAGAGAAGAAACGCAUGUACUCUGGGAUUAAAGCGCGCUGUGUUUGACAACAAGGACUCGAGUAAAGGACUUUAGUAAAACCAGCCAAGCCCACAGCGGAGGGCGACCUGCCUCAGUCCGAAGAAUUUCUGCCCCCCGGUUCGGCUUUUUGACUUCGGACAGUUUCACCAACUCGCCCCGAGGAAGGCAAGGUUAACGCCGCGAUGCCCUUCAAGCCUUGUUGAGCUUAAUGCAGCGUCUCACUGUGUUUACAAACUUUCUGUGUUAUUCCAGGUCUUGGCAGGAACGGGCGAGUUUGGCAGCUGGGUGACGGCGCUGGUUAUCUGGCUGUUUUUUUCGGUGGGGAAUGGGAUUGGAGAUGGUUGUUUGGAUUGGCUGCGGUAUCCUGGCGUUGCUCCAGUGGCGACUGUGCAGCGCAAUCCACUGGCUUGGCAUCGCGGUGAGCGGCGCAGCUUUGGGCUGGAACCAGACUCAACAUUGUAAAGUGGCGUCGUGUCUGGUGCCGGAUCAGAUGCAGCUCUGCCGGAGGAACCUGGAGCUCAUGCACAGCACAGUGUUCGCGGCCAAGCAGACGUGGCUAGUGUGCCAGAAUACCAUGGCCGACAUGAGGUGGAACUGCUCCUCCGUUCAUUUAGCGCCCCAUUUCAAUCCGGAUUUAAACCGAGGAACAAGGGAGUCAUCCUUUGUCUACGCCCUCUCCUCUGCUGCCCUCAGUCACUCUAUCGCCCAGUUCUGUGCCUCGGGGGAGUUGCCCACUUGCUCCUGUGGUGUGAUCCCAGCAGAGGUGUCGGGGCCUGACUUCAGGUGGGGCGGCUGUGGAGACAACCUCCGCUACGGACUGCAGCUGGGCUCGGUCUUUGCAGAUGCACCAAUGAAAGGAGGUAGGACUGGAACUCAGGCCAACAGGCUGAUGAACAUGCACAACAAUGAAGUCGGCAGACAGGUGUUGAUCGAUUCAUUGGAAACCAAAUGCAAGUGCCAUGGUGUUUCUGGUUCCUGUUCGGUGAAAACCUGCUGGAAGGGAUUACAGGGUCUACACAAAAUUGCUACGGAGCUGAAAGCCAAGUACCUGGCAGCCACCAGAGUGAUCCACCGUCAUGUCGGCACUAAGAAGCAGCUGGUGCCUAAAGAGCUGGACAUAAGGCCAGUGAGGGAGAGCGAGCUGAUAUACCUGGUGGGCUCACCUGACUACUGUACAGCGAAUGAAAAACAAGGCUCCUAUGGCACUCAAGAGAGACAAUGCAACAAAACGUCGCUAGGCAGUGACAGCUGUAACCUCAUGUGUUGUGGCCGGGGAUAUAAUGCAUACACAGAGACGAUUAUUGAGAGAUGCAGCUGCAAAUAUCACUGGUGCUGUUACGUAACAUGCAAAAAGUGUGAAAGGACUGCAGAGAGAUACGUGUGUAAGUAACUCCCAAGGAAUCUGCAGGACAAAAAGGCAUCAUAGCACUGCAAUAUCUGAGGACAUAAACAAUAGGGUAUGAUUUAAAAGCCUGGAGACUGGUUGCCAAAGUAAGACCAAUGUUCCUUGGAUACUACUGGGAAAACGAGUGGAAUUUAGAUUAAAAUAUCUAUUUUGAAAGAAAAGGAGUCAAAAUCAAGAAGUCAAGAGGAAGGACUCUUUGUGUAUGCCCUCUCCUCUUGCUAAUUAUCUUCAAAAGGUUGGCGAAUGGGCACAUCUUCAAUUGUCGCAAAGAUUCCUUUGUUCCUUUGCUGUGUUCGGCGAGCUGGUGGACAGCCUAAAGGCUUGUGAGCACGAGUGCCAGUUAUAACCGAGAAAGGAGAAUGGAAGUGAGAAACGAGCUGUGAUCAAUAAUGAUCGAUUGGUGAAGAAAGAGGAAGUGAUGAAUAAAAGCUCAGUCAAAAGAAGUGCCGCUUACUCUGGGAAACAUUAAAACAGGGCACACACCCUACAGCACGGAGACAAGCAAACGCUGCACUGGGACACAUCCGCACAAAAUCCCGACAGUGACAUUUUCAGUACAGCACAAGAGAUCCCAAAGAUACAGCACACUCUCCAUCUUGUUGGGAAUAUAAUUUGAAGACUGAUAAAAUAUGUUAAAUUCCAAUGUGUUGGAGCCAACUACAGUGUAUAAUAAAUGUGCCAGCCUACCACUUGAUAAAGGACAUGGUUGUAAUGUUGUAAAGCUUCCAGUGUUCUGUCAGUUCUUAUUUAUAGAUGUGAUUUUUGUGGGGGGUGGGGGUGAGGUGGGAGAGAGCAUGUUUUUCACAUAGACUGAAGCAGCCAGUUUUGGUGAAGAUAUUGUUAAUAUUCUCACAGGGAAAGGUAGUUUUGCCAUAUUAACAGUUUCAGGAUUGUUGCAGCCAAAACAUCCCUCCACUCUGUGUUUUUGUAAUGUCUGCUUAUUUAUUUUGCUAAAUAAAGCAUUUUAAAAAGUUCUGUGAAAUAUUUGAACGAAUGGGAUUGUUAAUUUAUGGGGGGAAUUUUCUUGAAUAAAUUCCUAAGCAUCCAUCCAAAUUUAUUCUUGUAUCUCCGCCCCUGCUGUGUCUCAGGACUCCUGUAAAUUAGUGCCACGGAACCUCCAGUCGAUACAAACUGCACAAAUACAAAGAAAGGAUGAAAAA